CUGUGAGGUGGCAGGAUGCGUGUCGGCCGGACGCUGUGUGUCCUGCUGCUGAUCUUCUUCUACAGGGUGAGAUGCCAGAGCAGACGGAGAAGCAGGCAGAAGGUGGACAGUCCAGUCAUCCAAAAUCAAGUAAAAACUCUGCAUUGUCCGCUGUCCGUGGCCUUUCUGGUGGACAGCUCUGAAAAGGCCAAGAUUACUCUGUUCGAAAAGCAGCGUGACUUCGUCCUACGUUUCGGCGCGAAGCUGGCACAGAUGAGCGUACCCGGCUGGCGCCUGAAUCUGCGCCUGGCCGCCCUGCAGUACAGCAGCACCGUCUCGGUUGAGCACAACUUCCUAGACUGGCAGGAUCUCGACGUCUUCCAGAGCCGCUUAGCCGCCAUGGCCUACAUCGGACACGGCACCUACUCGGCCUACGCCAUCUCCAACGCCACGCAGAUGUUUAAGAGGGAGACGCCUGGCGGCGGCACACGUGUGGCACUGCUCAUGACUGGUGGCGCCGAUCAUCCGCGCAGCCCCAGUCCCGUCUUUGCGGCCGCAGAAGCCCAAAACAACAAUAUAAAGAUGUUUGUGAUCAGCCUGACACGGGACGGGCAGAAGCACGACAGACUGAGGUCCAUCGGUAGCGCGCCAGCACAGAGGCACGUUUUCAGCCUGGACGACGCCCAGCUCGAUGAGAAGCUCUUCGCAGAGUUGAAUACAGUUGUGAAAACAGAGUGCCCUCGGCCCGAAUUCUGUCUGUGUGAUAGAGGAGAGAGAGGACCAGCAGGAGACCCGGGCGACCCUGGUGACCCGGGACCGGCCGGCCCUCCGGGUCCAAAAGGAUCCACAGGGGAACCGGGAUGGAACGGGCAGCUCGGGGCAGAAGGACGGGAGGGACGAACUGGAGCUAAAGGAGAGAAGGGUGGGAGAGGAGAGUGCGGUGCUGCCGGGGCGAAGGGUGAUCAAGGUGCAGACGGAGCACCGGGACCUCGUGGACCUCCAGGAGAGCAGGGUCUUAUAGGUGUCCCCGGAGAUCCUGGACCGGAGGGCCCCGCUGGACCUAAAGGUGACCGAGGACCUGCUGGACGUUCCGGUCCUCCAGGAGAAACAGGGAUUGGAUUUCCUGGUCCGAAGGGGAAUAAAGGGAACAUGGGCAGAACGGGUCCCACCGGUCCAGUUGGGAUAGGAGAGAUGGGUCCACCAGGGCCACCAGGACCACCAGGUUUGCAAGGCGGCCAAGGUUUUCCGGGCGAGUGUUUAUCAGGACCCAAGGGUGACAGAGGUUAUGAAGGCCCCAAGGGGACACGGGGCCCCCCAGGCGUAGGCAUCAGGGGUGAAAAGGGAAAUACAGGGGAACCAGGUUUACCAGGACUGAUGGGAUUUCCUGGCUUUGGGAUCCAGGGAGAGAAGGGUAAUCAAGGACCAGUUGGGCCCCCGGGCCUUAGAGGAGUUCCAGGUGUGGGGAUUGCAGGCCCAAAAGGAGAUCAGGGCUUUCCUGGUGGACAUGGACCACAGGGAGAACAAGGAAUUGGAGAACCUGGUCCAAAAGGUGAACCAGGACCAGACGGAGUUCCAGGCAUUCCUGGCCUCCCGGGAGAAGAUGGAGUUAUAGGGCCCAAGGGUGAGAUUGGCGUAACCGGUCUACGAGGUCCCGAUGGUGCACCAGGGAAAGGGAGUCCGGGAGAAAAGGGUGAUCAGGGUGAGCGUGGACCCCGAGGUCUUUCAGGGUCCCCAGGAGCCACAGGACCCCCUGGUGCAAAGGGAGAACCUGGCCGUCAUGGGAUGUUAGGAAUGCCUGGACCCCCGGGGGUCGGAUACCCUGGUACAAAGGGUGAGCCAGGACCUGUGGGUCCUCCAGGCAUGGAGGGAGAGCCUGGGGUCGGGAUUGCAGGAACAAAAGGUGACAGGGGGCUUCCUGGGCAGACUGGACCACCGGGGUUGCCGGGAGAAGGGCAUCCUGGCCCUGAGGGACUUCCGGGAUUGCCGGGAAUGCCGGGAGAGAUGGGACCGGAAGGGGUCGGUCUACCAGGACAGAAGGGGGAUCGAGGGUCACCUGGGAUUCCUGGAUCAUCCGGACCGCCUGGAAUUGGAAUAUUGGGAUCGAAGGGUGCUACUGGAAAGCCAGGAAUUUCCGGACCCCCGGGUCCACCAGGUGAGGGAAUUCCGGGACCACAGGGAGAACUUGGAUUUCAGGGGUCACCGGGCUCCAGAGGUCCCUCAGGGGACGGCUUUCCAGGAGAGGAGGGGAACAGAGGUGUGUCUGGUGAGAAAGGGAGGAAAGGAGAGAGAGGAGAUUUCGGUCUACCUGGACAAACGGGAUUGGAGGGGAAACCUGGAGAGAAAGGAGAUCCUGGUCUCUCCAGAGAAGACGUGAUCCGAGUAAUCAGAGAAAUCUGUGGUUGUGGUCUGAGGUGCGCUGAAGACCCCCUGGAGCUUGUUUUUGUGAUCGACAGCUCGGAGAGCGUGGGCCGCGAGAACUUCGAGCUGUGGAAGGACUUUGUGAACGCUCUGAUGGAUCGCGUGGCCGUGAGCCGUGAAGCCACGCGUGUGGGAGUCCUGCAGUACAGCCACGUCAGCGCGGUGGUGCUCGGCCUCCAGCAGCUGGACGACAGGACCACCGUCAAAGCCGCCGUGCGUAAGAUGCCUUACCUGGGUGAGGGGACGUUCACCGGCGGUGCCAUCCGCAGCGCCGCACGUUUGUUUCAAGUGGCGCGGCCCGGUGUGAAGACGGUGGCUCUGCUGCUGAUGGCUGGUCGGGUGGACGAGCGGGACGCGGUGAGGCCGGAGGUCGCAGCGGAGGAGGCGCGCCGUGCAGGGAUCGAGAUCUUUGUAAUCGGAGUUGUGAAUCACAGUGACCCUUUUCAUGAACAACUGAAGGUCCAGAUGAACUCCGUCGCCUCGGAUCAGGAUCACGUCUUCAUCGUCCAGAGCUUCAUGAACCUGCCCAGCUUGGAAAAUAAAAUACUGAAUCAGAUCUGUGAGCGCGGCGACGGCCAAUCAGACGUGAAGGUUUUAUUUCCAACAACAAAGAGUCCAGAGAUGUUCUUCACCUAUGACAACCACGUCCAAACAGCUGAGCCAGAGGCUGAACCUUCAUUAAAACCAACUCCAGAUGAAACGGACGACCACAGAAAGACACCAGGGUUUGACGGGGCUCAGAAUGAGGUCCAUGAUGACCUAGCGGCAGGUUCUUCUAACAGCCGGUACGAUCCAGAGGUCGGAUCCACACGUGUCCAGUCUGGCUCAGCGGCGGCUUGCACUCAGCGUUUCGAUCAGGGGCCGUGCAGGAACUACGAGGUGAAGUGGUACUACGACCCGGACGCCAACGCCUGCGCCCAGUUCUGGUACGGCGGCUGCCAGGGCAACAGCAACCGCUUCGACUCACAGCAGAGCUGCAGGGACGCUUGUGUCAAAACGUAACAUCAUUUUUUAUAAUGAAAUAAAUAAAGGUUUGGAUUUUUGGGA